GCCGAAGGGUUCGAUAAAUAAUACCAAGACCGCAGAUAAUCUAGGUCACCCGGGAAAGGGGGUACAGUACAGCUCAGCUUGCUUCCUGUUAGGUUGAUCUUGUGCCACCCAAAGUCAGCAGGACAAUCAUCCAUCCAUCCAUCUGUUUCUUCUGUUCCUCGUGCUUCUCUUAGAUCAGCCAGCCACUUCUCUUCUUCCCGCUCUGCCAUUCUUUUUCACCUCACUGUUCUCGAGGAAGAGGAUCUACUUCGCGCAAGGCAAACUUCUCUGUUGAAAAACACAAAAUUGAUUAAGGAGAUGUACGGGUCGAAUACAGGGCCUUCACAACCAGAAUGGCGCCUCACGUCGGCCACUACUACUCCAAGUACUGCGACGUCGCACAAUCCCCCGCAGCCGUCAUGGCAGGCAAACCCCCCUCUUCCGGCUCGCCCAACACCUAAUCAUGGUGGAUCGCGACCGAAUACCAGUUCUCCUGUGGUGAAGAACGCGGGCGCAAAUGUCUCUCCAACCUCCAACAUGGCAGGAAUGGACCCAACUUCAUGGGGAGUGAAAUACAACAGGCAGCAGUUUCAGGCCCCGAGCCCCCCACCACUCCCGCCGCGACCUCCAAGCACGACACAGUCCCAAUCUAUCCAGACGAAUUCUUCCGCCGGUGGCUCGUUGGAUGUCAAAAGGCCUUCGUCGGCAACUCCAGUGCAGGCAGCUCAAGAUGCAUCGAAUCCAUAUCCGCAAUGGAGCGCGCCUCCAUUUGCAUCCCAUCAACAGACCGAUUUCGCACCAACACAGGCCCCGCCACCACCUCCUAUUCCUUUCGGCUACCAGGGCGUUGUUUCUCACUCCGGCGGCCAAACGCAGAAUCAUUUACAACCUCCACCAUAUUCUAGCGCCGUCUUCAAUCAACCUCAUGAUUCUCCCGUACAGCAGCCCAGCCCACCAGCACCAAUUCAAGCCCAUCUCCAACCACAUUCGUCACAUGUCAUUGGACAUCCAGAAACCCAGUCUCCGUGGGUUCAUGAAACAACCACUAGCAUAGCCCCUGAAUUGCUACCUGUCGCCGCGCCUCCGGUACCACCCAAAACCAAUCCCACUUCAAUUCCUACUAGCGCCUCCGCUCUUAGCCCUGGUACUCCUUCUGCCUGGGAGCAUCUAUUGCCGACGCCAGGAAAUAUUGACGACGUUGCGGCCUCAGCUCCCAAGCGUGAACACGCAAGCCCAGUGGGCUCGGGACCCCCCUCUCGCUUACCUGGAGCAAAUUCAGCACCUCAUAACUUCCCUAGUAGUUCCGCGCCACCUAUAUCGGACUUGCACACAGGGUAUACCAACACGCAGUUGGAUAUUCAUGAUUCCCCCGUGAGUGUUGAUACAGUACAGGACGAUUACGAAACACCCCUCUCGCUUGGCAUGAAUGCCAGAGUGGAUGGUACUGAGUCAAUCCAUAGCUCCGUCUCUACUUCAGAAACCGUGGAGAGUAUUGAUGGUGUCAUUGAAGCAUGGACUCGCCCGCUUAAAACAAACUCACAGAACCCUGACCUAGACGAUGACGCAAAAUCAGAACAUGCAGCGCGGAAAGAGAGCAAGACUAGUUUGAAAGGGACCGAAAGUAAGGCCGGUGAAGUCGAAGGAACACAUCGGACAGCACUUGCGCCAUUGGAACGGCCUGAUCCCUUUGAUGAUCUUGAUACCUGGUCCAAAUCCUCCUUGGAACGAUAUGUGGCAAUGCUACGGAAGGAGGCGACGGCAGAUACCGAUUCAGACCGAUUUGAGAUUUUUACAAGUUUCAUGGCCAAAGAGGCGAAGCUACGUGAAGUCUUGUAUGGCAUUGAGCCUCACUCAAAAAGUGCCAACCAGACAACGACAGGCACUUCUCCUUCAGCAUCGGUGACACCAACUGCUCAUGCAAACAGCAGCGAAACCGAUCGUGUGUCCCCUCCUGUGGAAUCUGGAUUGUGCCCGGUGGAAACUGAGAAAUUUUCUGUAGCUACUACUACCGCGGACGAACCAGGAGAUGGCAGCUACAGUCCGGGUGGCCGACCCAUCCUUAGGCUUCACACACCUGGCCCUGCAAGUGUGAAAAGCUCCCCAUCACACGCUGUUGCCCCUUCCGUUGGUGCACAGAUGUCAUCCCCAAGACCUGCCUUAGUACCGCCUACGAUGAUUGAUCUUGCGGCACAUAAGCAGGACCUCUCUCCACUUGCUACCAAUCCCCCACAGCCGAUUUACGCGCCGUUCCGUUACACGGAGGGUCCUCAGAGAGGCUCAGAUGCCCUCGUGUUUGAUCGUCCGGCAUAUCAAGCUUAUUCUGCCUUGCGUCAAGCAUCUGCUGAAAGUGGGCGGGUGAUGUCCAAUGGCUUGCUUCCUGCAUCAGAAGACCUCUCGUUCCCUGCAGACACACCAAACCAAGCAGGUCAGGACGAAACAUUCAUCGGUCUCAUCAGGGAGAAAAGUAUUGCGUACCGAAAAACAGCUUCCCAGAAGUCGUCGACUCUCCCACCACUACCUGCCUCCCUGAGACAAGGCAGACUUCCUGACCCCUUGGAUGAACUACGCUCAAUCGUGUCAUCGUCACUGAGCAAAGAGUCUGUGAGCGGUAUUGGAACUACCACGAAAAAGGAGCCCACAGGAAUAACCAGUGACUUCACUUACAUACACGAGGCGAUAAAUACCUGGGUUGCUUCGAAUAAGUCUCGUAGGGACGCACUGGAGAAGGAACGUGUCCAACGUCAGGAAGAGUCCGAAAGACACAUUGAUGCCCUUUUCAACGCAAAGGAGAUAGGGUAUGCUGAUAUCAAUGUCCUCGAGGAGGAAUUCCGUCAGAAAGAGGCUCGCUGCCAGCUGGAGGAGGAGAGGCAAGAAUUGAACGACUUUAUUGCGCACGUUUUUGACCCGCUGGAUAAACGAUUGGAAGAGGAGGUCCUGGCAUUGCAAACCGAUUAUGAAGCCGCUCUCGCCUGGCUUGACGACGGUGACAAUACGAUCCAGGAAACGGCAAAUGGCCAUAGUCACGUGUCUAAGACAAUGAAGAUCGUCAAUGAGAUCUAUCGUGACCUGGAGGCUCGCUAUCAGAAGCGCCUCGAGAUUGCUUUAGAUCGCGAACGUCGACGAAAGAAAGCUGAGAGGCGGCCUCUUGUUUUUAUGGGCGACUCGACUGCCCUCAGACGGCUGGAUCAAGAAUUCGAUCAGAUGGAGAAGCGCAAUAAGCUGGAGGCUACUCGGGAGCGGGAUGCUAGAGCCAAUCGAUUGAUGGACUCUUUCGAUGAUGUUAUCAUGCAUGGUCUAGGAGAAAACCAGAGGAUUCUCGAUGACAUCACUGCAAAGGUAUCACGAAUCGAUGCGGCAAGCCUUCGUUCUUCUCCUCUCCCAGAGAGUGAAAUUGUGCGAUUACUCAAAUCAGUCAAUCAGUUCAUUGACUGCUUGCGCGAAGACUCCGAGUCCAUACUCGAGAAUUUCGGUAUCGCUGAUGCAGUUCUCAACGACGCCGAUUAUGGUGUAUCUGUUGCUGAGGCUCGAUGCUCAGACGCCGAGACCGAUGUUUUUCGUCAGCUAGAGGCUGAGAAACAGAAAGAAGAUAAAAAGAUCCAGGAUGAUCUAGAAUCCAAGCUUGAGAGUGUUAGGGAAGGGCCCGCUCAGGUGGCCGCUAGCAUCAAUAAUCUUCUCCGUUCCCUCGGUCACGAUAAUGCCGCCGAACAAUCGCCUGCUCUAUUGCUGGAGCCUGUACAGCCACCGAAGAAUGCUCGCUCACCGAGUCCCGGCUCCGCCACCAAGCCUGCCUCUGGCCAGCCUGUGGAAGACAACGAGCAUCAAGAGCGACUUCGCAAGGCAUUGGAGAAUGCGAAGAAGAGAAACGCCGCAAGGAAGGUCACAUGA